GGGAGCGCGCCCCCCCUGGCCGAGGAAGGUGAGCGAGUGUCUGGAGGGGAGGACUCGGGAGCGCGACCAGCCGAGGGAUCGAUCGGAUUAAACUCGAUUUGAGUGAAAUUAACACAAAGGAGAGAAGAGCAACGCACAGUAGUCGGCGAGGUCGCGGAUGCGAGAUACGCCGGAGAAAUAAUUCAUGAAAAACACGAAACUUGAACUUUUUUCCCUCUGUUUAUUUAUAUUUCAAACUGAAAAGGACCACCGUGGAUUUUUUUCAAGCAAGCGGAGAUACUAACCCUACUAACGAGGAGUUGAUUUGAUAAAGAGCCCGAAGUGACCGAGCUUGUUGGAAACCUUCAUGAGGACCAUGGUGGAAAGCUUCAAAUUAGCAGCUAUCUGAUUAGCUUCUCACUGCACAACAAAUCUCCCUCCAUCCAGUCCCCGCCAUCUGUGGGGCCUCCAUCCAGUCAUGGCGGACCCUGGGAUGUUGAGCUUAUUCGGGGACGACCCAGGGCUGUUCUCAGAUGGGUUAGAUGGUUUAGGAGACUGCUUUCCUCAGCAGUCGGUCCCAGGCCAGUCUGCUCCUCUUGCCCAGCAGACAAAUUCCGCUCUGAACCAUGAACACCAGGGAAGCAGGGGAUACCACCAGGGGAUGAUGCAUGGGAGUGGGCCUACCCCAGCACAGCCUAAAUUGGGGCAAAUGUACGACCAUGGCCCGUAUACAGGCUAUGAUCAAGCCGGCACCCCUGGAGGACGAAUGAUGGCUCAGAAUGGCCCCAGCCAGGGUCCCCCAAAUGUGAACACGGCUAUGAAUGGCAUGACCUCCCACUACCACAGUAACCCAGCUAACGCUAGCAACCCCCACCAUGGGUACCAGGGUGAUACUGGAGGAGGAGGAGGAGGUGGGGGAGUUUGGGGCCAGCAGCAGCAGCAGCAGACCAGACCAGCUUAUCCACAGGCUCCAGCACAACCAGGGGCUACUCCCAACCAGAUGGGAAGCUACCAAAUGUCUCAAGGCAAUUAUGGUGGGAUUCAAGGUCCACCCACAUCUAAUGCAGCCCGCAUGAAUCAACACUACCCUCCACAGAGCAUGGCACCCCCUCCUGCUCAGGACACAUCUCACUACUUGGGACAUGUUGGAAUCGGGGGUAACCAGAUGAGACACCCUCAGCCUCAGGCACAAUCCCAAGGCUAUCCCAAUAUGGGACACACAUCCCGAUAUCCACACUCCCCAUCCAGACAGCCGCCGCACCCCCACCACCAACAAGGCAUGGGAGGGUUUGGGGGUACUCAGUACUCUGGCUAUCAGCCCCAGUAUGGUGCCAUAGGACCUGGGAUGGGCCAGGCUCCUAAUACUAAUGUCAGUGCUAAUGCUAGCCAGCCCAUGGGAUCAGGGCAGCUUGGCCAGAGGUUUAACCAGGGAACAGGCCCGGCAGCAGGGCAGCAGGGACAACGAUACCCCCCUGGACCACCACACCAAGCCCAUCAGACUCAUUCUGCCCCGAUGCAGCAGCAGGCAGGGCAGCAGAGCCAGCCUAUGCACCCCCUAAACCACCCGCAAAAUAUGUCCCAACCCCAAAACCAAGCCCAGUCCCAUCUUGCCCCCCCAGCUCAGGGAACCUACUCCUCUCCUUCAUCCAUGUCCCCAAUGCGGGUUUUGGGAGCCCCGACCCCUCCUCCUGCCCAACAGGGCAGACCUCCUAGCACAGGGCUAGCUGGGCCCCCAGAGGUUGCAGGAUACACAGCAAUGCAUUCUCCACCCAGUGCUAUGGCCCAUCCACAGAGGACUCCACAAACCCCGCUGCCUGCCCCACACCCCCAACACCAGCAACCCCAUAGCAUGGCCCCCAGUGCGGGGCAGAUGUAUCCUGGUAUGGGGCCACAGCGUGGCGCACAAAUGGGACCAAACAGGCCUCAGCUCCAGCAGCAGCAGGGGCACGAAGCCCCCGCAAGCCAGGGCGGAGACCAGCGUCUACUCCAGACCCAGCAGCAGGCCUCUCGAAGUGGGCAGCAUAUGCAGCCGGCACCCAUGAGUUUUCAGGGACCGCCUGUUGGUCAACAUGGAAUCCCGGCUCCAAACCAGGGCCUUGGGCCACCCACUCAGAGCCCUCAGACGCAGCACACACACCUGCCCUCACACCCUCAUCACUUGCAGAGCACGCCCCCUCCCCCCAACCAGGCCUCCCACCCGUGGGCACCUCCACCUUCUGCCUCCCACCCACUCUCCUCACCCCCUCUUACCCCACAGAAAGUGCCUCACAUACAGCAUUCCCCCACAGACCCGUCAGGUGACGUUUUGAUGGCGGUUCCUGACAGGCCAACAGUUGGUGCCGGUGCCCCCGGUCAGCCUAUCAGCACAGAGAAGCCCAACGACCAGGAGACCAAGCCAAAAAAGAAGAAGAAGAAGAAGGCAAAAGUAGUGGAUGGAGAGGAAGAAGGUACAGGGAAGAAAGCGGGAGAAGGACGCGAGGAAGACGUAAAGUCUGAAUUUCCAGGAACAGGAAGUGAUGGUGGUGAACACAUUACUGGCACAGAACUUUUAGAGGGAAGUUCACCACCGGUGGAAGAGAAGAAAAAACGGAAAAAGAAACCAAAGGAGAAGACUGAGGGCAAAGAGCCCAAGACCCCGAAGACGCCCAAAACACCCAAGACCCCCAAAGAGCCCAAGGAGAAGAAGGCCAAGAGCUCCACACCCAAGCCCAAGACUCCCAAAAAAAACAGUAAAAAAGUGGAGUCUGAGGGUGGGGCCAGUGCUGCUAAGAAGGAUUCAAAGAGAAAGAGAGAGUUCUCAGUCAACGAUGAUGCUGAGGUGAAGUCUCCACCUCUGUCUCCACCCGAGGAAGAGGAUGAUGAUGGCGUACAGAAGCGUCGGUCUAGCCGUCAGGUGAAGAGGAAGAGGUACACAGAGGAUCUGGAGUUCAGGAUCUCUGAAGACGAUGACAGCGGAGACGACUCGCCAUCGCCAAAGUCUCCAUCGUCCUCAUCGCAGCAACAGGAUGUGGCUGAAGCUGAAGGACCAGUUGUAGAGAAGAUCAUGGGCAUGCGCACCUCCAAAAAACAACGGGAGUCGGGGGAGGAAGUGGAGGUGGAGGAGUUCUACGUCAAGUUCAAGGGCUUUUCAUACCUCCACUGUCGCUGGGCUGACCUGGAGGAACUAGAAAAGGACAAGAGGAUACACCAGAAGGUCAAGAGGUUUAAGGCCAAGCAACAACUCAACACCUUUAUAACUGAGAUGGAUGAUGAGCCUUUUAACCCUGACUAUGUGGAGGUGGACCGUGUCCUGGACGUUUCAGAGAGCACAGAUGAAAAUGGAGAGACGGUGACCUUAUAUCUGGUGAAGUGGUGCAGUCUGCCUUACGAAGACUCCACCUGGGAGCUGAAGGCCGACAUCGACCAGUCCAAGAUAGACGAAUUUGAGCGUAUCGGAGCACGCACGCCCAACACUAAGAGAGUGGAUCGGCCUCCUGCAGCUGACUGGAAAAAGCUGGAGGGCUCCAGGGAAUACAGGAACGGCAACGCACUCAGGGAAUACCAGCUAGAAGGCCUGAACUGGCUGACUUUCAACUGGUACAACUCACGUAACUGUAUCUUGGCUGAUGAGAUGGGUCUGGGGAAGACCAUCCAGUCGAUUACAUUCCUCUAUGAGAUUUACAUGAAGGGCAUUGAAGGGCCGUUUCUGGUCAUCGCACCGCUCUCCACCAUUCCCAACUGGGAGAGAGAGUUCAGAACCUGGACUGAGCUCAACGUGGUGGUCUACCAUGGCAGUCAGGCCAGCCGGAAGACCAUCCAGGCCUAUGAGAUGUACUACAGAGAUGCACAGGGUAAAAUAAUAAAGGGAGUGUAUCGGUUCCAUGCGGUGAUAACAACUUUCGAGAUGAUUCUGGCUGACUGUCCAGAGCUGCGCAGCAUCCCGUGGCGCUGUGUGGUGAUAGAUGAAGCCCACCGUCUCAAAAACCGAAACUGCAAACUACUGGAGGGACUCAAAAUGAUGGACAUGGAGCACAAAGUUCUGUUGACAGGAACUCCUCUCCAGAAUACUGUGGAGGAGCUCUUCAGCUUACUGAACUUUCUGGAGCCGGAGAGAUUCCCAUCUGAACAAACAUUCAUGACUGAAUUUGGAGACCUUAAGACUGAAGAACAGGUUCAAAAACUGCAGGGCAUUCUGAAGCCCAUGAUGCUCAGAAGACUGAAGGAGGAUGUGGAAAAGAACCUGGCCCCGAAGGAGGAGACCAUAAUUGAGGUGGAGCUUACCAACAUCCAGAAAAAAUACUAUCGGGCCAUUCUGGAGAAGAACUUCUCUUUCCUGUCCAAAGGAGGGGCUGGAGGGGCUGGAGGCGGAGGAGCCAGUGUCCCCAACCUCCUCAACACCAUGAUGGAAUUGAGGAAAUGCUGCAACCACCCUUACCUCAUUAAUGGAGCGGAAGAAAAAAUCAUUGAGGAGUUCAGGGACUCCCAUAGUUGUGGGGCAGAUAUGCCAGACAUGGCCCUCCAAGCCAUGAUUCAGGCUGCCGGAAAGCUGGUGCUCAUUGACAAGCUGCUUCCCAAACUCAAAGCUGGCGGUCACAGAGUCCUGGUGUUCAGUCAGAUGGUCCGCUGUCUGGACAUCCUGGAGGACUACCUCAUCCAGAAACGAUAUCCAUAUGAACGUAUAGAUGGUAGAGUUCGUGGUAACCUGCGGCAGGCAGCCAUCGACCGCUUCUCUAGACCAGACUCGGAUCGUUUUGUCUUCCUGCUGUGCACGAGAGCUGGAGGACUCGGCAUCAACUUGACUGCAGCAGAUACCUGCAUUAUCUUUGACUCUGACUGGAAUCCCCAGAAUGACCUCCAGGCCCAGGCAAGGUGUCAUCGUAUUGGCCAGUCCAAGUCUGUCAAGAUCUACCGCCUAAUCACCAGGAACAGCUAUGAGAGGGAGAUGUUUGACAAGGCCAGCCUGAAGCUGGGACUUGACAAGGCCGUUCUCCAGAGCAUGAGUGGACGAGAGAAUGCCAACAGCGGGGUCCAGCAGUUGUCAAAGAAAGAAAUCGAGGACCUGCUGAGAAAGGGAGCGUACGGAGCUCUUAUGGACGAGGAAGACGAAGGCUCAAAAUUCUGCGAGGAAGACAUUGACCAGAUCCUCCAGAGACGAACGCACACCAUCACCAUUGAGUCCGAGGGCAAGGGCUCCACUUUUGCUAAGGCUAGUUUUGUUGCGACAGGCAACCGAACAGACAUUUCCCUGGAGGAUCCAGACUUCUGGCAGAAAUGGGCAAAGAAGGCUGAGCUAGACUUGGAUGCCAUCAAUGGACGGAACACGCUGGUUAUCGACACACCCAGAGUGAGGAAGCAGACACGGCACUUCAGCAGCGUCAAAGAGGAAGAGAUGCUGGAGUUCUCAGAGUUGGAGAGCGAUGAAGAUGAACCCAGCAAACCCUCAUCCAAACCACGGCGGCCCCAAGACAAAACGCAGGGCUACCCUCGAUCAGAGUGCUUCAGAGUGGAGAAGAACCUGCUGGUCUAUGGUUGGGGUAGAUGGAGCGACAUUCUGGCUCACGGCCGCUUCAAGCGCCCGCUGAAGGAGAGCGAUGUGGAAACAAUCUGCAGAGCCCUCCUGGCCUACUGUCUGUUACAUUACCGUGGAGAUGAAAACAUCAAAAGUUUCAUCUGGGACCUGAUCACUCCGAGCGAAGAUGGGACCACAAGGACGCUUACCAACCACUCUGGUCUCUCAACCCCUGUGCCCAGGGGCAGGAAGGGCAAAAAGGGGAAGCCCCAGGCCCCACCUCCACAGACGCCGCGUGCUGAUUGGCUGGCUAGCUGUAAUCCUGACCACUUACUGCAAGAGGAUAGCUACAAGAGACACCUGAAACAUCAUUGUAACAAGGUCCUGCUGAGAGUGAGAAUGCUGUAUUAUCUGCGACAGGAAGUCAUAGGUGACCAGGCUGAGCGCAUCCUGGAAGGUGCAGACUCCAGGUCAGUAGACUUUCUCAUAUCCUCCCACACCUGCAGGCGUCGAUUUCUGGUGUCUGUAUUUCUCAUGCCUUUCUCUUCCUCUUCAGGCUAUGAGAAGUACAACUCAAUGCGUGCUGACCCCGCCCUGUGUUUCUUGGAGCGAGUGGGCAUGCCAGACGCCAAAGCCAUUGCUGCUGAGCAGAGGGGCUCUGACAUGAUGGCAGAUGGUGUUGAGGGUGAGGAUGAGGAUCCCGAAUACAAGCCGCUGCGGAUGCCCUUUAAAGACGACAUGGAUGACUUCACCAACUCUCCACUUGAUGACAAAGAUGAGGGUGUAGAGGGAGAGAAUGAAGCAAAAUCAGAUGAAAACAGUCAGAGGGCUCCUGCUUCCAAUGAGCGCCUCUACUGGCCAGCAGCCUCAGCUCUGACAGCUCGUCUGCGCCGCCUCAUCACCGCCUACCAGCGCUCCAACCGGAGAGAGCAGCUUCGCCAGGAGGCACUCAACCGACCUGAUGGCCGGCGACGAAGACGCAGGGAGUUCCUGCCUUCAGUUGGUAUGGUUACUGAAACGGGAGGAGCAGCACCUUACAUCCAAGAUGGCGCAGGGAUGUUCAUGGCAGAAGGAAGCCCAUAUUUGGCUAAAGGAAGUGCUUAUUUUGUCAAAGGUGGACAGUUUAUGCCAGAGGCAUCUCCAGUGUUGAACGCCAGCUCCCUGGUGUCUGAGGGAGCAAUGUACUACAAGGAAAGAAGACAGAGAUGGACGCGUCGUGAAGAGGCCGACUUCUAUCGCGUUGUUUCAACCUUUGGAGUCGUUUUUGAUACCAAACGUCAGAAAUUUGAUUGGACACAGUUCAGAGCCUUUGCUCGACUGGACAAGAAAACAGACGAGAGUUUGGAGAAGUACUACUAUUCAUUCAUCGCCAUGUGUAAACGGGUCUGCAGAAUGCAAGUCAAGACUGAAACAGAACUUCCAGACCCGACUCUGAUCAUUGACCCCAUAACAGAGGAGCGUGCCUCUCGGACCCUCUACCGCAUCGAGCUUCUCCGCCGCAUCCGAGAGCAGGUCCUCCCUCACCCUCAGCUCUCUGAACGCCUCAAGCUCUGUCAGCCUUCCCCAGACCUUCCAGAGUGGUGGGAGUGUGGCCGCCACGACCGGGACCUCCUCCUGGGUGCUUCGAAACAUGGUGUGAGCCGCACAGAUUAUCACAUCUUGAACGACCCAACCUUGGCCUUCCUGGAGGCCCACCAACGCUUUACCAGCCAGCGAGGAGCCAACGUUAGCAUAGGAGCCUCAUUAGAGAUCACCAAAGCUGGGAUGGGAGGGGCAGAAAGUACCUCUGCUCCGCUCCUAACCCCUGCGGAACUGGCAAGUGCCACAGCUGCUGCCAAAAUUGCUGUCAAUGCAACAAAAGAGGAGGAGGUGGAAGAGAAGGCUGUAAAGAUGGAGGACGAGAAAGCAGAAAUGGUGGUCGAAAUGGAGGAAGGGGAUGCCAACAACAUUCCGUGUGCUAAAAUUGAAACUCCCGAUGAACAGAAGGAACAUGAGGGAGAGAUCAGAGAAGAUAAAGAUGAGACCGCUGCAUCACAAAGUAAGGAGAUCAAGAAAGAAGAGGAGGUCCAGCCAAAGGCAGAAAACGAAGAGGAAGAAGUGCACAAAGAAGAGCAAAGUGGUGAAGAAGAGAAACUAACCAAUGACCAGGACAAAGACCUGACAGAAGAGAAAAACGGCACACUCGGUGACCAGAAGGACACACUCGCUGAACUCCAACACUCCUCUCCUAAAGUGCAACCAGCUCAAAAGACUGCAGAGGAGGAAGAUGGAGAAGAAAAGGAGAACCCAGAGUCUCCUAAAUCUCCAAAGUCUGCUGACACAGAGAAAAGCCCAGAGGAGGAAGAGGAGGAGAGGCUAGAUGAAGAUGACAAAUCGGAGAAGUCUUCUCAGGCUGAAGUGAGUGCUGCGUCAGAGCAGAAGAACUUUGACGAGGAGAGCAUCGCAUCUCUGAGCACCUCGGCCCGGGAUGAAACCAGAGACGGCUUCUGCCCCGACGACCUGCCUGAAACCUCUGCAUUGCAGGCUUUACAGGACCGAGCCUUUGGCUUCUCAUUCUGGCCUAAGGAUCGAGUGAUGAUCAACAGGAUGGAUAACAUCUGCGAGGCCGUCCUGAAGGGCAAGUGGCCUGUCAACAGACGCCACGUAUUCGACUUCCCUGGCAACCUCCUGCCAGGGCACGGCUCCUCAGCAACAACAGCGGCUGCAGCCAUGGCGACCGAGAGCCCGCUCCAGAGGCGGAGCCUGGCUGAGCUGACAAUGGCCGGCAUCCAUACACCAUUUAGUGGGAGUGAAGAUAAAACACUAUCACCUCAGGUUCAUGAGGAGACUCUGAGCCUGACGGUGCCUCGACAGAGAAGGAGGAGGAGGAAAAAGAUUGAGAUUGAGGCAGAGAGGGCAGCCAAGAGACGUAACCUGAUGGAAAUGGUGGCACAGCUGAGAGAGAGCCAUGCUGCUGCCGAGUCCCAGAGCCAGGCUAUAGACCUCACCAAGGGUAUGCCCCAUCACCACAAGGCCUCUCCCUCACUGACCAGCUUCUCCAGUGCCCUGGUGACAAACUCCUCCCUCAAGGCGCAGAUGGAUUUGCUUCAGCAAGGCCCAGCGACUGGACACAGAGCCAACGGUUCGCUGGAGGCUGACCUGCCUGUCAUUAGGAGGAGGCGUGGCCGCAGGAAAAAUGUGGAGGGUUUGGAGCUGCUGUUCAUGGGCAACAGACGAACAGAAGGGGAUCAUGCAGAUGGGCCAAAGGUCUCAGGUGUGGAGGGGCUUCAGGAUGCUUCACGUGUCCACAAACCCCGCAAUGUCUCUGAGCAGAGCCCCAGUGCAAGAUCUCUCGCCUCAGGCAAUCUGGAGGAAGAAGAGACGGCGGUUUCCAACAAAGAGCUCGGCGAAUGGCUGAGGCAGCACCCAACGUACACCAUGGAUAUGCCUGGCUUCACACCAAAGAAUGAGGACUUGCUGCUGUCUCCGUUCUCUAAGCCUAAGCAGAAGCGCCAUCGUUGUCGAAACCCCAACAAGAUAGACAUCAACACACUGACGGGGGAUGAGAGAGUGCCUGUGGUCAACAGAAGGAAUGGACGCAAGAUGGGCGGAGCCAUGGCUCCUCCAAUGAAAGAGCUUCCCAGGUGGUUGCUGGAGAACCCAGAGUUUUCGAUUGCUCCUGAUUGGACAGAUAUUGUCAAACAGUCGGGUUUCCUCCCUGAAGCGAUGUUUGACCGCCUUCUGACCGGCCCUGUAGUCAGAGAGGAGGGCGUCCGCCGUCGGGGGCGUCGCCCCAAAUCUGAGAUCGCCAAGGCAGCUGCUGCUGCGCAGGCAGCUGCUGCAGCUCAGGCUGCACAGGCUUCACUGGCCACGGCUGCUUCAUCAGCAGGAGGCAUCAACCCUUUGCUGUUGAACAGUCUGUUUGGAGGGAUGGACCUGUCUUCUCUCCAGAGCCUUCAGUCUCUUCAGUUGGCUGCAGGUCUGAUGGCCUUCCCUCCUCCCACAGACCCCAAACAGGCCGCUGCCAAUGCCGCCGCCGCUUCCAUGCUGCCUCUCAUGCUGCCCGGCAUGGGAGGCCUUCCCAACAUGGCCACCGCCCUACCCAACAUGUUCAGCCUCGGCGGGCUCUUUGGUGGUAACCUGGCAACAGCCACAGCCGCUGCCCCAGCUCCACCCAACUCCACAGCCACCACCACAGCAGGCAAAACGAACGGAACAGCCGAAGGAGAGGAAGGAGACUGUGGCGAAACGGCAACAACAAAGAGGAAGAGGGAGGGAGAGGAGAGAGACGAAGCAGAAAACCGCAAUGAGGCGGGAGAGGACGAGGAGGCAGCUGAGGGAAACGAUGAAGGAGUGAAGAAGGCAAAGAGGAAGAAGAUGGAGAAAGAGGAUGGGGCAGAGAAAACUGAGGCAUCCCUCAGCGAAGACGCCGUGGCGUCUCAGAUCCCAGCUGCCGAUUCGUCAGCAGAGGCAACCAUCAACGGUGACGCUGCCACCCUGCUGGCUGCGGCUGGCAUGUCUGCUAACACCCUGGCAUUCAACCCCUUUCUUCUCUCCACCAUGGCCCCUGGUCUCCUCUACCCGUCUAUGUUCCUACCUCCAGGCCUUGGAGGGCUCAGCCUACCGGGCUUCCCCACCGCCUCCAACCUUGCUGAACUACAGAAUGCAAUGGCUGGAGCGCUGGGGGGCAGUGCUGGGACUCCAAAUGUCCUAAGAGACCAAGAGAAGGAGGACAAGAAGGCAGAUCUGAAAGCGGCAGCAGAAGAGGAGGAGGAAGAAGAGGAAGAGGAUGAAGAGGGAGGAGGAGAGAGUGACUUAGCUGAGGAGAAGGAGGGGGAGAUGAGAAGUGAGGCUGAUUAUUCAGCUUUAGAGGAUGGAGGGAUGGGCGAGGAGGAGGAAGAGGCGGCAGCAGAGGAAGCAGCAGCAUCUUCACAGAAGGACAAGAGUGACUGAACUAAAAUACAAAACUGACUGGCCUUGGACAUUUCUUCACCUCCUCCACCCACCACGUUUACACGCCUCCACCAGAAAUAUCCAAACUAUUAUAAAUUCUUUUUUUUUUCUUUGCAUUGUUGUUGAUGAUUUACUUUCACUUUGUUGUUUUUUUGGCCAGUUAUAUUUCCUAUGCGUCAGAGAGAACGAGGUUUGUGCGUGUUAAGUUAAAUCUUUCUGAUCGAUAGUGUAGUCAGGGAAAAUCCUCACAGCCGCUCGCCGAGUGCUCGGCUGCUCUUCAAAGACUGUUUCUUUUUGUCUGGUUGGCCUGUGUGCGCACACUGUGAACGGUGCACCCACGCUUCCCUCCCACAAUCCCUCAAACAAGACUUCACAAGGGUUCCAGUAGUACUACUAUUAUUAUUAUUAUUAUUAUUGUUAUUAUUAUUAUUGCUGCU